GGGGCCGGCCCAGCUGGAAGAUUUCCCUGCUCGUUUCCCUUGGAGGGGUUUUGCCGGUAGCGGUGUACCGAGGGAAGGCUCCGUCCCUAAGGCACCCUGCCUCACCCUGCGGGGGAAGGGAGUUGUUGGGUGGGGGCAAGUCAGGAAGGGAGGAUCUCAGUGGCUCUCCUAAAAUCUAUUAGCAGACUGCGAGGAGGGAAGAGUUUGGCACUUCGCAGGCGAGGCUGGACUUGUUUUCCCCAGCGGUGAUGCCACUGCACUGAGAGCUUCGCGGCCGUGCAAGUUGGGGGGUCGGAGCCCCCUCCCCCUCCUCCUUCACGGCCCCACAGACCUGGUCCAGUGCCUUCAGCCCGGUGGCUCGUCGUUGCCGCCCGCUAUAUGAGAGCUAGUCCGAGGACAGGGAGAUUCAGUGCCUGCUAGGGCUGUUUUUCUCCGCCCCCGCUCCCCCCCCCCGGACUUUCCCACCACCGACGACGAGCGGCGAGCACCCGGGAGAGUUGUGUUGGCAGGCUCCGUGCUAUGGCGAGGCUGCGGAGAAGCAAACUAGCCGCUGGAUUUCUAUUACUUUUCCAGUGCUUGAGCGAGCGCUGCCAGCUCGCCGGCGGGGAGGCGCCGAGGCAGAGCCGCGGUGAAUAAUGAGGAACACCAAGGCAGCAUUUAAAAACUUUAUGAAGAGAGGAAAGACUCUUGGCAGAAUUAAUCUAGGGAAGAAAAUUAAGGUACAGGAGAAGGAUAUGGAAGAGAAAAUUAGUGUGUGUUUUAUGAAGUUGUUCAGAGCUUCCCUAAAGUGGAGGAAAAUGCACGAGUGGAUUCACAUGUAAGCAUCCACAGGUGGAGAAGGCAUUCAGAGUCUCUCAAAUCAGUUGACACCAAUAGAGCUAGCAUGGGACAGGAUUCCUCUGAGCCGGGGGGUUUCACGGAUCUGCUGCUUGAAGAGGGACACGAUAACACCACCCAGAUUGAGGAGGAUACAGAUCAUAAUUAUUAUACUUCAAGGACUUAUGGCCCAUAUGAUUCUACCAGCCGGGAUUUGUGGGUCAAUAUAGACCAAAUGGAAAAAGACAAAGUAAAGAUUCAUGGAAUCCUUUCCAAUACCCAUCGGCAAGCAGCAAGAGUGAAUCUGUCCUUCGAUUUUCCAUUUUAUGGCCAUUUUCUCCGUGAAAUUACUGUGGCAACUGGGGGUUUCAUAUAUACUGGAGAAGUUGUGCAUCGAAUGCUAACAGCUACACAAUACAUUGCACCCUUAAUGGCAAAUUUUGACCCCAGUGUGUCAAGAAAUUCAACAGUCAGAUACUUUGAUAAUGGCACAGCAUUAGUUGUCCAGUGGGAUCAUGUACAUCUGCAGGAUAAUUACAACCUGGGCAGUUUCACUUUUCAGGCCACCCUUCUCAAUGAUGGGCGUAUCAUUUUCGGCUACAAAGAAAUUCCUGUUGCUGUGACACAGAUAAGUUCAACCAACCACCCAGUGAAAGUGGGACUCUCAGAUGCAUUUGUGGUCGUGCACAGGAUUCAGCAAAUUCCCAAUGUCCGUAGAAGAACAAUUUAUGAGUACCACAGGGUGGAACUACAGAUGUCAAAGAUUACCAAUCUGUCAGCUGUGGAAAUGAUACCUCUUCCAACUUGUCUUCAGUUUACCAGCUGUGGUCCUUGUGUCACUGCCCAGAUUGGUUUCAACUGCAGCUGGUGCAGCAAACUCCAAAGAUGUUCCAGUGGAUUUGAUCGUCACCGGCAAGAUUGGGUAGACAGUGGCUGUCCUGAAGAGUCAAAAGAUAAGAUUUGUGAGAAGAAUAUAGAUACAACUGAAACACCUCUACACUCCUCCACCACCCUUCUGCCGACCACCACAAAGUUCAGAGUUUUAACCACCACCAGAGGGUCCACCACUUCCCACCUGCCAACUAGCCUGCCCACAGAAGAUGACACCAAGAUAGCGCUGCACCUAAAAGAUAAUGGAGCUUCCACAGAUGACAGUGCUGCAGAGAAGAAAGGUGGAACACUUCAUGCCGGCUUAAUUGUCGGCAUUCUAGUCCUGGUCCUCAUUGUGGCUGCAGCCAUCCUUGUGACCAUUUAUAUGUAUCAUCAUCCAACAUCAGCAGCUAGUCUCUUCUUUAUAGAGAGACGCCCAAGCAGAUGGCCAGCAAUGAAAUUCCGAAGAGGGUCUGGACAUCCUGCCUAUGCUGAAGUGGAGCCAGUUGGAGAAAAAGAAGGGUUCAUCGUAUCAGAGCAGUGCUAAAAUUUCUAGGACAGAACACCAGUACUGGCCUACAGGUGUAAGACAUUUACUUUGCCUCUCUGUAAAGGAGCCCUAAGCUGCUGUAGCCUGAUAGAAUGAAGAUUCUGGAUAAGCUUUGUCCAAGAAGAAAAACUAUCUAAGAUACCAGACUACCACUGCACAGUAGUUUUUGUUAGUGGACUGAGACACAAUGGUUCAUGCUGAACACUUGUCAGUGGACACCUACGGUAUCAGAACUAUGGCACAAGUGCCAUGUUAUUGGCUUUAGGUAUGGGGAUGCACAGUAAUCAAAAAUACAAUAAAGCUUUGGUGCACAAGGGUAUUGCCCUUUGGUUCAAGUGUUCUUCUCUGGUAUCUCAAAGACUGAGUGACAAACCUGUACCCUUCCAGUGCAAAGAGCACUGAUCAGUCUUCACAGGUUAGUAAGCAUGGUAUCUCAAUGCAGGUAAAGAAUACAAAAAUGAGUUUUCCAAGACUUCUAUAAGUGGAUGCGAGCUACACUCACUUUUCAAAUCUAAAUUAACCUGCUCACCUAACUCGCAAGUCACAGUGUUUAUGCUUUCCAGAGGUAAUACAAUGUUUCUUGUACAUUGCUGAUUACUAGCCUUCUAAACAACUCAUGAUAUUCAAAUAGGUAAGAAAUGAAAAUGAAAGAGAAUUUUCACAAUGGCGAAAUUAUUUUGUGGGAGUUGACAAUGAAAUUGGGCUGAUUUUCAGUUUCAAUGUUCACUAAAACUUAAUUUUCAAGUUUGUUUCAAGGGAUAUCUUUCAUUCCUGAGCAGUACGCUGAAGUAAAGGCAACAGAUCCUUUUAGCUGCCAGAGAUCUUAUGGACCAUUUCUUAGCAAUGUGAUAUGAAAAAUAAGAUUUUAAACAAAUGGGUUUCUAUCCUUCGACACAUCAGUGUGAGUCCUUACUGAGAAGCACCACAGACUUCUGUGCACCCCUUCCAGAAAUUCAGAUAGAUACAAGUGUUAUUGAACCCUGCUGAUCCAUACAGUAAUUUUGUUUAAUGCACAUAGUAGUUGCAUAAAUAUAUAUAUAAAUAUAUUUUUUUUUAUAGCUAACACAAGGCGGGCUCUUGUGACUGUUAAGACUGCAUUUUUGUCAUCCAGACAAAGGAAAUGGUUUGCAUUAUUGCAUAUUUCCACUGAGUUGUAAAAUAAUCCUUAAUAUUAGAUUAUUUUUAUGUUGUGUAGAGAAGGUGGUUCAUGUAGUUGCAAUACCAUCACAUUUCUGCCUAUUGGAACCAUUCUUUCUUUAAUAUAGACCCUUUCACUCCCUGUAGAGGGAAAGACAAGACUUUAAUUCACACCAUCAAAAGCAGUUACUCCUUUCAUGGAAGGCGUUGAUGCACAUUGAGACCUAGAUAUUCCAUGAGGGGUGGGAACAUAAAUAUUUAAAUGAUCUGGGCCUAAGCUAUUACAAUUUUAAAUUCAGGUAUUGUAUGUACAUUUCAUUCUAAUCAUCAACUGUCAAAUCUUUUACAUACUGUACAAGGCAUUUGUAUCAUUUUUAAGUGAGGUAUACAACAUUUGAAGUUUCAGAUCUCAAGCAGUUAAAAAAAGUUGUAGAUACCACCUUAAUAGUACAGUUAUUUACGUUUCUUGUUGGUGCUUGUAUGGUCUAAAUUUCAUUACUUAAUGCUGUUUAAAAAAAUACAAAACCAAAACAAAAACAAACUAU